CACUGUGCGGCUAAUAAUGAUGUAAUGCCACGCUGUGGGGUAGCACUGAAAUAAUGACAUUCUGUGUUAGUAUCUAUGGCAAUACACACUGUGGGGUAGUCCUGAUGAAAUGACACAUUGUGUUGUAGUACUGAUAGAGAGACACAUAUGUAAUGAUAUAUUCAAGGGCAGUGCUGAUGGAGUGACACUCUUUGGGGUAUUACUGAUGUAGUGACGCAUUCUAUGGUACUGCUGAUGGAGGGAAACACUGUGGGGUAGUACUGAUGGGAUGACACUGAGGAGUAGUACUGAUGGUGUGACACUCUGGGGACGUAGAGAUGGACUGACACUAUGGGGUGGUACAUUUGGAGUGACAAAUGGUGUGGGGUAAUACUGAUGGAGUAAUACACUGUGUGCUGGACCACUUUCUGUUUGCAGAUAUUAAUGCCACCUGCUGGAUAUUCAAGUUCCUACAGCUUUGGGUUACCUUUCCUGUUAGGCAGGAAGUUGUCAUAAACCAGGAAGCCCAGCUCAGGGACAGUACCGCAUGGUGCAGACUGUAAUUCUAGUGUGUAAUUUACUGCCAUCCCACCGCACCAGUUUGUUAGACGCAUUGUCUUUUCACAGUUGAAUACAGUAAAGAAUCAACGACAUCUCGUGUCUACGGGUCUUUAUUGGAUUAAUUGUUUAACUUGCUAGAUAGCUGGAUAGGGACAUCCAGCGAGUCCAGUAUAGUGAAAAGACAGCACCACAACAAGCUGUACUACAGGGUGGCUUACAUCAUCACAUUGCCCGUCCACACCUCAACGCCAUGGCAACAAGCAACCAAGACAACGCUUCACAGAAUGAAGCCAAGUCCCUCAGCGUUCGUUCGUACUGCUCUGCAGCCAGCUCCAGUGCCAGCAUGGCCACCCUUAAAGCACGGGCUAAAGCAAAAGCAGCCGAAGCUAGAGCAGCAAUCGCUCAGUGAGAGAUAGAUAUGAAGGUCGACGCUGCGCGGAUGCAGGCAGAGAUGCAGGUCGAGGCUGUGCGGAUGCAGGCGACCUUAGAGGCCUUGCAACAAGAAAAAUAGAUGGAAGCAGCCAUUGCAGAGGCCGACACCAUAGAAGCAGGUUUAAUAGAAGAACAAGGGUCACGUAAUAGAUCACCGAGCCCUGCUCGCCCUCAAAACCAGCACGAGCGUACUCUGGACUACGUCAUAGAGAAACCCAGCAUAAAGUCAAGCCAACAUGUCACUGAUUAUGAUAUCGAGAGUGGUAGCAUAGUAUUUUGCUCAUUGCCGCCCAUUCACCAGACCAAAUCUAAUCUGGCCAGUUCAUUUCAUAGUCAUCACAACCCCAGUAAUGUGCAAGGAAACGCGGAGCAUAAAUUGGAGGAUAGAAAGCCAACGGCAACCUUUCUGCACAGCGGCUCUAACAACUAUCCUCAAGCCACCAACGAUAUCAAUCCCACCACCAUGGACCUCGCCAGAUACCUUGCCCGUAACCAGCUCGUUACAACAGGAUUGACGGCCUUUAACGACACGCCUGAGAAAUACUGGGCUUGGAGAUCCUCCUUCCAAAACGCCAUAGAAGGCCUGGGCCUUUCACCCAGAGAGGAGCUCGAUCUUUUGGUAAAAUGGCUUGGGAAAGAAUCCUCGGAGCAGGCAACAAGAAUUAAGGCUGUCAACAUGAGGAAUCCAAAAGCAGGUUUGAAGAUGGCUUGGCAGAGGCUCGAAGAAACUUGUGGUUCACCCGAGUCUAUUGAGCAUGCCCUCUUUACCAAGCUUGAGAACUUUCCCAGGAUCACCAUCAAAGAGCCAUACAAGCUACGUGAGCUCGGGGACCUUCUGUCAGAAAUCGAAUGCGGCAAAGGUUGAUGGGUAUCUACCUGGUUUGUCUCACCUCGAUACCUCCAGGGGAGUUGCACCGAUUGUUGAGAAGCUUCCUUAUAACAUCCAGGAAAAGUGGACUGGCUUUGGGUCCAAUUACAAACGCCGCCACCGCAUCUCUUUCCCCCCAUUUAAAGUGUUUGCUGACUUUAUCCGUGCGGAGGCAAAAACCAGAACGGAUCCCAGCUUCAAUCUUUGCCUCUCUCGUCGAGCAAUCGUCCAGAGGGAUAACAUAGAGAGACAUGGUAAAACUCUCGUCUCCGUCCACAGGACACAAGCAUCUCCAACAACUCCUGAGACACAGAAAUCCAGUGACCCAUCCAAGCAGUGCCCCAUUCAUGCCAAGAUUCAUCCAUUAAAGAAGUGCAGAACCUUCAGAGAAAGGAGCCUGGAAGACCGCAAACACUUCCUUAAGGAACAUUCCAUUUGUUUCCGCUGCUGCUCCUCCACAAGUCAUUUCGCCAAGAACUGUACAGCAGAAGUGCAGCAGUGACAGACACCUCUCCGCUCUACAUCCAGGCCCAGCCCCCUGGAAGUCCGAGCCAUCUCCCCCCGCAUCUGAGCAUAGUGGGGAGGAAGAGGUAGCAGUCAACCAGGAGAUCACCUCCACAUGCACGGAGGUGUGCGGUGAUGGGGUCAGCGCGAGAGCGUCCGCUAAGAUAUGCCUCAUCUCAGUCUAUCCAGAAGGACGUCGCCAAGAGGCACGCAGGAUGUACGCCAUCUUAGAUGAACAGAGCAACCGCUCUCUUGCAACAUCCGAGUUUUUCAAUAUCUUUGGGGUUAAAGGCAAUCUUAAGCCAUAUUCACUGCGGACAUGUGCCGGGCUUAAGCAGACUGCAGGUAGAACAGCCUGCGGCUACGUGGUGGAGUCUGUGGAUGAGAAGACAUUGCUCCCUCUUCCUCCACUCCUAGAAUGCAAUCAAGUGCCUAACAACCGUGCCGAGAUCCCCACUCCCAACGUUGCGCGUCACCACAGCUAUCUCAGAUGCAUUGCCAACGCGAUUCCUCCACUGGACCCAAACGCCAAAAUACUGCUCCUAUGAGGAAGAGAUAUUCUGCAGGUGCAUAAAGUGAGGAAACUAAUUAAUGGUCCCAACAAUGCCCCGUACGCCCAGAAGCUGGAUCUGGGAUGGGUAAUUGUUGGCGAUGUAGGUAUUGGUGGAGCACAUAGACCUACCCAAGUGGAGGGACGCGCUCCAGGGUCUACAGAGGCUACAGAUUCCACGGCCCUACACCACAUUGUCAAAGUUGAGCAUGCUACAACAGGAGCUCUAUCUGUUCUCGGACGCAUCAGGCAAGCCGAGAUACGCAGUUACCUAGUUGAGGGUCAUCAUCAAAGACAGAAUAACGGAGGUGGGCUUCAUCUUUGGCAAAGCAAAGCUAGCAACCCAGCCAGAGCUUACUAUCCCAAGACUAGAAUCGUGCGCAGCGGUCUUGGCUGUCAAAAUCGCAGAGAUGAUUACGAAGGAGAUGGACGACAUCCCCUAUCACACGGACAGCAAAGUAGUACUGGGGUACAUCUGUAACCGAUCGUGGCGAUUUACACAUGCGUCCACAGCCGUAUCCAACGCAACCAUCAGUUUUCAUCAUCUCAUCAGUGGAGGUUCGUUCCCACGCACGACAUCCCAGCUGACCCCGGAUCACGGUCCGUCCCAGAAGCUCUAGGUCCGCCCAAUCACCGAAAUGGUUCUCUCCUCCUGUCUCCCGAGGACUUUGAGGGUUAAAUGGGAAAUUUGCAUGGGGUCUGGGAGACCCCAGGCGGGGAGUGUGCUGGACCACUUUCUGUUUACAGGUAUUAAUGCCACCUGCUGGAUGUUCAGGUUCCUACAGCUUUGGGUUACCUUUCCUGUUAGGCAGGAAGUUGUCAUAAACCAGGAAGCCCAGCUCAGGGACAGUACCGCAUGGUGCAGACUGUAAUUCUAGUGUGUAAUUUACUGCCAUCCCACCGCACCAGUUUGUUAGAUGCAUUGUCUGUGAGUAAUCAUGUUUGUGUAACAGCAGCUUUAUACGUUAUUGUGCAGUAUACACUGUGUGUUAGUGCAGAUGGAAUUACACACUAUGGGGUAGUACUGAUGGAGUGACUUACCGAGGGGGAGCAUUGAUGGAGUGUUACAUUGGGGGAAUACUGAUGGAGAGAUACACUAUGGUGCAUUACUGAUGGGGUGACAUAUUGUGGAGUGGUACACAUGUAGUACUAAUGAAUUGAUCAAAUGUAUGGUAAUACAAAUGGAGUGACAUUCUGCAGCGGAAAUAUACACGCAAUGCUGAAGUAAAUCAGCAGGACAGGCAGCAUCACUGGAGAGAACGAAUGGGUGACGUUUCGGGGCGAGAUCCUUCUUCAGACUGAUGUCACAUGAGUGGGAGGGACAGAGAUACAAUGUAGUCGGAGACAGUAAGAUUGGUGGGAGAACUGGGAAGGGGAAGUGGAUGAAGAAAGAUGGAAAGCAAGGGCUACUUGAAGUUAGAGAAGUCAAUGUCCAUACUUCUGGUGUGUUAGCUACCCAAGCGAAAUAUGAGGUCCUGUUCCUCCAAUUCGCGCUGAGCCUCAGUCUGACAAUGGAGGAGGCCCAGGACACCACGCUAUGUGGUUGGCCUCAUGAAGUGGCAUAGUUUGGUGAAGUGCUGAUGGAGCAACACAAUGUGGAGUAUUAUUGAUGGGGUGACACAUUGUGGGGUAGUACUGAUGUAUGACAUAUUCUGGAGUAGCUCUGAUGGAUGGACACACUGCGGGGGUAGUACUGAUGUAUGACGUAUUCUGGAGUAGAUCUGAUGGAUGGACACACUUUGGGGGUAGUAGUAAUGGAGUGACAUAUUGUGGACCAGUACAGAUGGAGUGAUACACUGCGAGGUAGUACUGAUGAACUGACCAAAUGUAUGGCAACACUGAUGGAGUGACACUCUGUAGGGUACUCCUGAUGGAGUGACACACUGUGAGGUAAUACUGAUGUAUGACAUAUUGUGGAGUAGCUCUGAUGGAGGGACACACUUUGGGGGUAGUAGUGAUGGAGUGACAUAUU